UUAUUUUGAUGCAAGUCGGUUAGGAUACAUUUAUUAUCUAAAUGGAUAAAUUAUGGCCAAGCCGUGGCGCGGUAGCCGGAGUCAUUAUUUAUCGAGUAGUCAACGCUUGCGUUUUGCAGACCUACUUUGUGCCUGACGAGUACUGGCAGAGCUUGGAAGUGGCACAUCGCUUGGUGUUCGGGUUUGGGCAUCUGACGUGGGAAUGGAAAGAAGGAAUUCGUGGCUACGCGCAUCCUCUGUUGUUUGCAUUAGUUUACUGGUUGCUGAAAUUAUUUGGUUUAGAUUCAAGCUUCGCUCUUGGGUUCUGUCCUCGGCUUGUCAUGGGGCUCUUUGCUGCACUAAGUGAUCUUUGUGUGUAUCGACUCACUGCAGGGUACUUGGAGUCACCAUCUGCUGCCACUUGGGCUAUGUUGUGUAGUUUGACGUCGUGGUUUUCUUUCUACUGCAUGCCGAGAACAUUAGCAAACAGCUUGGAGGCGGCAUUGAUUACUGUGACUCUUAGCAUUUGGUUCACCUCAUCGUCUUUGCGAUCUUCGAAAUGUGUGUGGGUUUGUUUUUCUAUUGGUGCUUUGUCUGUGCUCAUUCGACCAACUUCUGCUGUUGUUUGGCUUGUGGUUUUUGGUACUCAUUUGGUAGCAGCUACUAACAAACUGGACUUUAUUCUUUUACACGUGCUUCCAGUUGCUGUGAUUGCUGCCUUUGUUUCUGUGGCGUUGGAUUCCUACUUUUAUGGAAAGUUUGUUGUUGCUCUGUGGAACUUCUUCAAAUUCAAUGUACUUUAUGAUUUGGGGUCUUUGUUUGGUACACAUCCAUGGCACUGGUAUUUGUCUCAGGGCAUACCAGUUGUCUUUGGUACUCAUCUUCCAUUGUGCUUACUUGGCGUAGUCAAUGUCCCAAGUAGGCGAUUGCUGCUGUUUGUUGUUAUGUGUUGUUAUGUGGUUAUUCACAGCUUGCUCAGUCACAAGGAAUUUCGUUUCAUGGUUCCACUGUUACCACUUGCGGCAGUCUACGCUGGUCAUUUUUGUAGCACGAUUUCUGGAAAGUGGCGUACGACUGUGUUAGUCAGUCUUAUUGUGUUCAAUACGCCUGUAGCAGUCUAUACGUCAUUGAUUCAUCAACGUGGCACGUUGAGUGUCAUGAGAUAUCUGGAUGGUGAGGCUCAGGAAGGGCGUGUGGAAAGUGUGCUGUUUCUAAUGCCAUGUCACUCUACACCAUUGUACAGUCAUUUUCAUCACAAUAUAAGCUUGCGACAUUUGGACUGUUCGCCGAGUUUAGACGUUGAUUAUGUUGGUGAGGACGAUCGCUUCUAUGGUGAUCCAGUCAAUUGGCUAAAUGAGAGUUACUCUCAUGAGAAAGAACUACCAUCUCAUAUAGUUAUAUAUGACUUGCUGGAAAAGGAACUUGAGUUGUUGUUUGGUUACAAGAAGUACUCAAAGGUUGAGGUGUUUUUUCACACUCACUUUCAUGAAAAGCGGAUUGGACAGACUGUCAUUGUUUAUCGUCGAUGGUCUCAUUGACUGUGGACACGUACACACCGAGAUAGAUGGUUUGCGUCGUUAUUUUAUUCAGCCAAAGACAGUCAAUUGCCAGAGUACAUUCGCUCUGUUUGUACAGACAGAGUACUAAAUCUACAUUUUCAAAAGAGAAAGAGAAUGUUCUUAUGAUGUCUUGUUGUACUUAUUUACUCAGGAACAUCAAUAAUAAGUGGUGUGAUGUACUCAGAGUGUCGAAUACCCAGAGAAAACGAAGGAGCCUUGGGCUUGUUGCAUGUGACACCCUCUGG